AUGCGUCUCGGACCCGCCCACUUCAUCUUUCUUUCUACUAUCUCUGUUUCAUCCUCGAAAUCUUUGAAGAUGAGAGCUAAGUGGAGAAAGAAGCGCACUCGCCGUCUCAAGCGCAAGCGCAGAAAGAUGCGUGCCAGAUCCAAAUAAACUACUCGCCCCCUCCAUCUCAGCUCUCUUUGCCCGAGCUCAUGUUUAAACGCUGAACACGACAAUUGACGACGCGACGUUGCGACUUUCGUUUCUUCGUGACACGCCCUUCACUCAAACGAGUUACCUGUACGGACAAGAUUUCCGACCUAUUAUC